AAUAUCUGUAUAAUUGAAAGACUGUAUUAUAUAUAUGUACUUUAUACGUAUACGUAGGUACGCACGAGCGUGCUGGUGUCAAAAUGACAUUGUCGUACAUCUUCGUUUGGCUUUUAUAAUUGUUACCGCGGAAUGAUGUGAAUACAAGAAAUACAAAUUGUUAUAUUAAGUAACGCGUAUGAAAGACUUUGGUUUCUGUGUAAUAUUGAGUAAUAUUUUUGGACAACAUUUACUUUCACAUGUCAGACAAUUGAGAAGUAUUAUGGAAAGAAUGUUAAUUAAUUAUAUAAUUUGUUAUAUUUGACACCUUUAAAGAUUAAUUCUUAGUUCUUCGUAGGGAAAAAUUGCCUUUCUUAAAAUUAUCGUUAAUGAAAAAUACAACAAAAGCUUCACUCUUUCCACACGAUUCUUAUAUGAUAGAAUAAACAAACUAGUUAAUGAAAGUAUUUUAUAUUUUCGUAUCAAUUUACAAAAGGAAUAUUGCUUUUUAAAUUCUUUUCGUUUAAUUGCGCAUUAAUACAGAAUUAUUAUUGAAUAUUGUACAAGAUUAAUGAGUACGUUUGAUAAUGCGAAUUGAUAAACAUGGCUAUUAAAAAGAUAAAACGCUGACAGAGCAACUCUCACUGUAUGAAACGCAACAUUGAGAUACUGUAAAUUCAUAUUCUUUCGUUUCAUAUGAAAAAUAUGUUUCACUUAAUAAAGCACAAGUUUCAUAGAGUGUAUAUUAAUUACACAAAAUCAGUAACAAGAAAACAGAAUUUAUCAUCCACAAUACAGCUCCCAAAUUAUGCAGAUGUUGUAAUAAUAGGUGGAGGUAGCGCAGGUUGCAAUGCACUUUAUCAUUUUGGAAAACGUGGGAUCAACGCUGUGCUAUUGGACAAAUCAAAAUUAACAUCUGGUACUACGUGGCACACCUCAGGUCUUGCGUGGAGUAUACGAGGUCCAAAUGAUGUUGAAAUGGAAUUAUUAGACGCUACAAAGCGCAUUUUUAACUCUCUGGAAAAGGAAACUGGUAUAAAUCCAGGAUGGAUAAAUAAUGGUGGAAUUUACGUUGCACGUUCCAACGACCGAUUGAACGAAUUUAGAAGAGCAAUCACUGGUUCAAAAAUUUUUGGUAUUCAAGCGUAUUUAAUUUCUCCCCAAGAAACAAAAGAGUUGUUUCCUUUAUUGAACGAGAACAUUAUUCAAGGAGCAAUUUAUUCUCCAGAAGAUGGUGUCAUUGAUCCGACCAUGCUAAUUAACGCUUUAACAAAAUCAGCAAAAAGUAAUGGUUGUCAGAUUAUCGAAGACUGUCCUGUUACAAAGAUACUCACAAAGGAAACUAUUGGGAAUAACAAAAAGGUUUACGGUGUAGAGACGCCACAUGGAAUGAUAAAAACAGAUGUUGUUCUCAAUGCUGCCGGAGCUUGGUCAAAAAAUGUAGCAAACAUGAUUAACGCGAAUAUUCCUCUGACACCAAUGAAGCAUGCUUACGUUGUUACAGAACCCAUAAAAGGAUUGGAAAAUCUUCCAAAUGUUAGAGAUCCUGAUGCAACUCUGUACUUUCGAAUUCGAGGUAGCACAAUAGCUAUAGGUGGUUAUGAACAAAAUCCUAUUAUACUCCCAUCUGCUCCGGAGGACUUUUCAUUUUGCCUCUACGAAUUAGAUUGGAACGUCUUCAACGCACAUUUAGAAUCAAUGAUUCAGUUAAUUCCUCAACUAUCGACAACUGGAAUACGAACUACGAUAUAUGGACCAGAAAGUUUCACUCCUGAUCAUAAACCAAUUAUGGGUGAAGAUCCACAUUGUUAUGGAUUUUUUUACUCUUGUGGUUAUAAUAGCGCCGGAAUGAUGUUGGGAGGUGGAUGUGGAGAACAAAUUGCACAUUGGAUAAUUCAUGGGCAACCAGAUAAAUACAUGUUCAACUAUGACGUCAGAAGAUUUUCACCAGAACAAAGAAACAAUGCGGUCUGGAUACGCGAAAGGUGUCAUGAAGCCUAUGCAAAGAAUUAUAGCAUUGCAUUUCCACAUGAUCAACCAUUAAGUGGUAGAAAUCUUAAAUUGGAUCCAUUUCACAGUUUACUUGUUGAGAAAGGUGCUAUUAUGGAAGAGUACCAAGGUUGGGAACGCCCUGCGUGGUUCUUUCCAACUAACAAAGUAAAAAUUUUAUCGUACGAUUAUGGUGGAUACUACGGAGUAGCAAAAAAUCAAAAUGAUAAUUAUCGUGCAUUGAUAGAGAAGGAACGUGGUUUUCAUUUCUCACCAUAUGACGAAAUGAUUCGAGAAGAAGCUCUUGCUUGUUGUCAAAAUGUCGUUUUAUUCGACACAUCUCACCUUGGAAAAUUCUAUCUUUGUGGACCUGAUGCCCAAAAUACAGCAGAUUAUUUGCUCACUGCAAGAACGGAUUGCAACUUCAAUAAGACAGUUUACUCUUGUAUGUUGAAUCAUGCUGGAGGAGUAGAAGCAGAUUGUACAGUCACAGUGUUGGAGCCUGGUUCCAAUGGAAUUGUAAAUCCAACAUUUAAAGGAAAAGCUUACUAUAUCGUCUCGAAUGGCACGUCAAUUUAUCACAUAAAGAAAGUAAUUACAGAAAAGGGUUUUAAUGUAUCUUUACACAAUGCUACCGAGCAAAUUGGUAUUUUAUCCGUGCAAGGGCCCAGCAGCCGAAAGGUAAUCGAAACAUUGAUCGAGGAUGAAAUCUCAGAAGAAUCUUUCGCUUAUUCGACUACAAAAUUGGUAAACAUUAAAAACGAAAAGGUACGCUUAAUUAGAUUUAGUUCUGUUGGUGAACUGGGUUUCGAAUUGCAUAUUCCAAAAUCAUCUUGCCAAUUGGUCUAUAAAGCGUUAAUAGACUGCGGUAAAUCAUACGACAUGAAACAUGCCGGAUAUCGAGCGCUGUACAGUCUCAGUUGCGAAAAGGGAUACUUACUGUGGGGUUCAGAUCUCAGAACAGAUGAUAACCCCAUUGAAGCUGGGCUUGGAUUUACUUGCCGCGAGACUGGCGAAUAUCUGGGAAAACCGGCUGUUGACCGAUUGCGAAAGAUCGGUAUAAAAAGGAAACUGGUACAUGUUCGUUUGAACGAUGUUGUUCCAUUAUGGGGUAUGGAACUUAUUUACAGAAAUGGACGUCUCGUUGGUUAUUUACGUCGUGUCGAACAAGGUUACACCAGUAGAAAUGUUAUUGGACAUGGGUACAUCAGACAUCCUAAUGGGGAAAAUGUAACAAAGGAAUUUGUGGAAAAUGGCAAUUAUGAAAUUGAAGCUAUGGGCAAACGAUACACAGUGGAUCUCUGUUACUGAAAUAUAUUUAUAAAAUACCAUUCCAGGAUACACAAAUAAACAUGAUUCGCAAGCUUAA